AAAUGAGAGUGUAUUAUUAUGAGUUUUGUAAAGCUGGCGCGUUUGACAGAGCACAGGGAAUGAAGAAGUACGAGUGCUUUCCCUAUUGCCUCAUUCUCUGACCUCUCACGCUUGCCACCGCCACGUGUCGGAAACACUCAACAAGUGGGACCCACAGUGCUCCUCCUUCUCUCAACCCUCUUCCUUCUCCAGCUCCUAUAACACCAACAACGCCACGCGCUCUCUUCCUUUUCCUGUCUCUAGCUGUCGCCGACGAUUGUUUAUUCUUUCUAAUUUAUUUUAAUUAACUCUUUAAUAUUACUUCUCUCCGACAAUAUUCCGGAUCAAGCAAGCUCCCAAAUUACCUUCGAAUCGAAGCUCAAUUUCUUAGGGUUUCCGAAUCCUGUAUGUGUUUGUGUCGCAAUUGAUCAUCGUAACUACAAUGUCCGGUCCCCUCGAUCGUUUUGCCAGACCUUGUUUUGAGGGGUUUUCGGGCAGUGAUGAGAAGAGGGAGAGGAGAUCUGACUUUGAGAACUCUGAGGAUGAAAGGAGGACGAGAAUUGGAUCCCUGAAAAAGAAAGCGCUCAAUGCUUCCUCCAAAUUCAAGCAUUCUCUUAGGAAGAAGAGUGGCCGGAGAAAAAGCGAUGGCCGUGUUAGCUCCGUUUCCAUUGAGGAUGUUCGCGAUUUUGAGGAGUUGCAGUCUGUCGAUGCCUUUCGCCAAUCCUUGAUUAUGGACGAAUUGCUUCCAGAAGCGUUUGAUGAUUACCAUAUGAUGUUAAGAUUUCUGAAAGCAAGGAAAUUCGAUAUUGAAAAAGCAAAACAUAUGUGGGCUGACAUGCUACAAUGGCGGAAGGAGUUUGGUGCUGACACUAUUCUGCAGGAUUUUGAGUUCAAAGAGUUGGAUGAAGUUGUGAAGUAUUAUCCACAUGGCCAUCACGGUGUUGAUAAGGAGGGAAGACCUGUUUAUAUUGAAAGACUGGGAAAAGUUGAUCCAAACAAACUUAUGCAAGUUACAACUAUGGAUAGAUACGUAAAGUACCAUGUGCAAGAGUUUGAGAAAGCUUUUGCAAUAAAGUUUCCUGCUUGCACUAUUGCUGCCAAGAGGCACAUCGAUUCCAGCACCACGAUCUUAGAUGUUCAUGGAGUGGGCCUUAAGAACUUUACAAAGUCUGCCCGGGAACUUAUUACACGGUUGCAGAAGGUUGACGGUGAUAAUUACCCUGAGACACUUUGCCAAAUGUUUAUUAUAAAUGCUGGCCCUGGUUUUAGGCUGUUGUGGAACACCGUCAAAUCUUUCCUUGAUCCCAGAACAACUUCAAAGAUUCAUGUUCUUGGAAACAAGUAUCAAAGCAAAUUGCUUGAAAUAAUUGAUGCCAGUGAGUUGCCAGAAUUUCUCGGAGGUUCCUGCACUUGUGCAGAUCAGGGGGGUUGUCUUAGAUCUGAUAAAGGGCCCUGGAAAAACCCUGAAAUAUUGAAGAUGGUUAUUAAUGGUGAAGCACGGAGGGCAAGGCAAGUUGUAAAAGUUCUUAACAGUGAGGGGAAGGUUAUUGCAUAUGCCAAGCCAGGAUACCCUAUGGUAAAAGGCAGUGAUACAUCUACUGCUGAAUCAGGGUCAGAAGCUGAAGAUAUAUCCUCUCCAAAAGCGAUGAAGAGUUAUUCACACCUUAGGUUGACCCCGGUCCGUGAGGAAGCUAAGAUAGUUGGAAAAUCAAGCUAUGCCAGUAACUUGUCUGGGUAUGAUGAAUACGUACCCAUGGUAGACAAACCUGUUGAUGCUGGCUGGAAGAAGCAAGCAUCUCUACAGAGGUCUUACACUUCAAAAGGAGCGCCUCCUCUUCUUGACACUAAGAAAACUCCAGAAGGGGUUCAAGCUCGGAUUUGGGUAGCACUGUCCGUAUUCUUCUUGACCAUAUUUGCUCUUUUUCGUCAAGUUGCGUGCCGUGUGACCAAGAAACUUCCUGCAUUAUCAUCUAAUGAUGAUCAGAGUACUUCAGAACCAACUCUUGAUACGACAAACAAGGAGGUUCUUCCUCCAUCAACUCCAACAUGUACAGAGGAAAAUCUUCUUCCCUCCAUGCUGAAGAGGUUAGGUGAGCUUGAAGAGAAGGUUGACACACUCCAAUCUAAGCCAUCUGAGAUGCCUUAUGAGAAAGAGGAAUUGUUGAAUGCUGCUGUUUGCCGGGUGGAUGCUUUAGAAGCUGAGUUAAUUGCUACUAAAAAGGCUCUCUAUGAUGCGUUAAUGAGGCAGGAAGAGCUGCUUGCUUACAUUGACAGACAAGAAGAAGCCAAGUUACGGAAAAAGAAGUUUUGCUGGUGAAAUUUAUUUCUGAAGAAGAGAUUCUGCAGAGGAGGAUGUUUCUCUAAGCAUGGUUGCUUUUAAGGAGACACUUUUCACAUCAUGUAACUCUGACCACUGAUCUUCAGUACAACAUGAGUAAAAGUAAUGGAAAAUUGUUUCAAUGUGUGUAUAUCCAGAACGAUUACUGGCUUGUAAAACACAAGCUUUUUUGUUUUGGUCGUGGCUACCUUCUUUUAUCCUUGUGUUUAAUUUGUUUACCUUGGUUGA